AUGAUGAGCACUGGACUGAACGGUGUUCAGUUAAAACGGUUGCAUGAACUGUUUGAAAAUCACAGUACGACGACUACCAAUGCAGUUAAUCAGGAGCAAAUCGCACAAGUCGUGAAAAGUUGUUUUGAACUGAAAUGGGAAGAUACGAAAAUUAUGUCUGGAUACAACAUAGGUGAUCCCGAUUCUGUUAAUUUAUAUUAUUUAUUACAUGCAUUAGCAGAAAAAGGCAAAAAAAGCUCCGACAAGGUUAAAAAACUCACGUUUUCGGAUGUAAGCUUUUAUCUAGAAGAGUUCGAGGAAUGCAACAAAUUUGGUUACCUUAAGCUUCAACAGCUAUCAAAAGUAUUCAGUAAUUGGAAAACUGUAAAUGAUGCAUUGAACGCAAAAUCAGAAGAACUUAGAACCGAAAAAGGCGACGACUAUGUAAUUAUUGCUACGGAGUUCUUGUUGUUCAUGAUGGAUAUCAAACCAGCAGGUCAUGGUCUAACCAUAGCACAAAUAGAAAUGUUUGAUAGUUUGUACGAAGCAUACAAGACAUCCGGUAGCGUUGAUCGUGUGGCAUGUGAAAAAGUGUUCGAAGUGUUUAGUAUAACCGUAAAUGACGAAUUGGAACUGCUAUUUAAAUCCCACCAACCUGCUGGAAUAUUGUUGAUGGAUUUAAUCAUUCUUGCGGCAGAACGCAAUACGGCGGUUGAGGAAAAUAAAUUGAGUGUAUUAAGUCUAUGCGAUGUCGUAUCUGCCAUAAACGAUUUCGUUAAGAUGGAUCGUAACAACGACUGUGUACUGUCCUCCAAUGAGUAUGAAAACUACGUGUAUGAGUCGGACACUGGUUUUACAGGGUCGGCAGAAACUGUCGAAAAAGCGGGACAUUAUUUAAGCAAAUUCAAUGGUAAAGUUAAUUUAAACAAUGUUAUAAUUUUAAUUAAUGUCGAUUGGUGGUCAUCGCCAAAAAACUAA